CCUUGCACGUCAGCUGGCACAAGGCCUUUCUACCUCUCAUUGGAGUGUUCCUCGGUGCUGGGAGGUGAGCCAGCACAGCCCCCCACAGCAGCACACACCUCCUCUCACCCCCGGGACGAGAUGGCCGCCCUCAUCGCUGAGAACUUCCGCUUCCUCUCCUUGUUAUUCAAGAGCAAAGACGUGAUGAUCUUCAAUGGUUUGGUGGCCCUGGGCACAGUGGGGAGUGAGGAGCUCUUCUCAGUUGUUGCCUUCCACUGCCCCUGCUCCCCUGCCCGCAACUACAUCUAUGGGCUGGCUGCCAUUGGUGUCCCAGCCCUGGCCCUCUUCCUCAUUGGUGUCAUCUGGAACAACCACACCUGGAACCUGGUGGCCGAGUGCCACAAGCGUGGUGUCAAGAACUUCUCUGCUGCUGCCACCUUCCUCCUCUUUGGCUCCAUCAUGGGCCGGGCAGCUGUGGCACCCGUCACCUGGUCGGUCAUUUCACUGCUGAGAGGGGAAGCUUACAUCUGUGCCCUCAGUGAGUUUGUCAAGCCAUCCUCCCUGGACAAGUUUCCACCUGAGUACGGGGCUGAGGUGCUGGCCAGGUUCCCCUGCAGAGAUGUACCGGCAAACCUCACCAAGUUCAGGGAUGAGGUGACACGGAGGCUGAGAUACGAGUCCCAGCUCUUUGGCUGGCUGCUCAUUGGCAUCGUUGCAGUCCUGGUUUUCCUCACCAAGUGCCUGAAGCACUGCUGCUCGCCACUGAGCUACCGGCAGGAGGCUUACUGGGCCCAGUACCGCUCCAACGAGGACAAGCUCUUCCGACGUACAGCCGAGGUCCACUCCAGGAUCCUGGCAGCCAAGAAUGUGAAGCACUUCUUUGGCUUCGUGGCACUGGACAAGGAGGAAAAGGAGCUGGUACAGGAGUUCCCGGUGGAGGGCGUCCAGCCAAGCCCCCAGUGGAAUGCCAUCACAGGUGUCUACAUCUACCGGGAGAACAAGGGCUUCCCCCUCUACAGCCGGCUCCACAAAUGGGCCAAAGGAGUGGAAGGGAAUGGGCCAACCCCAGAAGGCCAUGAACUGCUCUUUUUGGCUUCCUAAGACAGAUGGGUGUUGGCAGCGGUUCCCCAGACUGCCUGGCAGGCCUUCCAUACCAUUGCACAGUGAGGGAUUCACUGGGAACAUUCCUCCUGCAGGAUUACUUCUCUCAGAAGGCAAACAGGGACCAA